UUUACAUCCGUUAUUAGACCUAUUAGACCGUGGCAACGCGGAACAGAAAUGUCACCCACACAUUUUCUAGAGGGGCUGUUUAAAGCGGAACACAACAGUGCGUAGAACAUGCAUCUGCAGGUUUUUUUCUACUCAGAAGUUGGAAGUUUUGCGUGAAUAUUAUAAUUGAAGACUUCAAGCAAAGAAGGAAAUAUAGAGUUCUCAGCUUCUCACCAAAAUGAAGAGAAAGAAGGACAUCAUGUCGUUCUUCCAAAGAAAAGAUAAGCUAGACAGUGAGACAGAGCCAAAUGGUUCAGGUGUGGAGAGAGCAAGAGAGAGCAGAGAGAGAACAGGAAGAGUUUUCCAUUGGAGAGACGGAGAGUGAAGGAAUAUUAGAGGAGGAAAGUGAGACUGAGGCUGAGAGGGAUACAACUACAGAGGAGCCACGUGCGUCCACUAACAGUGAACCAUCAGAUAUCAGCAAAUCCCGGGAAGAACCACCGGUGCAGCCAAUGAUGAAUAUAUACCCAAGAACUCUGAUGGGGGACCGGAGGAGGAGCUUCAAGGCAGCCUGGUACCAUAUCCACCCCUGGCUUGAAUAUUCCAAACUAUCAGACUCUGUGUUUUGUUAUGCCUGCAGGCAUUUUAGCCCUCCUAAAGCCUCAGAGACGGUAUUUGAUUCAAAAUUGGGGUUUAACAAUUGGAAGAAGGCAACUUACAAACAGGGGGGAUUUGCAAUUCAUGCAAGGUCUGAGCAGCACAAACAAGCAAUGAUUACAUGGAGAGACUAUCAGAAAGCUGUAAAAAGUAAUGCAACACUGGGAACCGGACUUUUAUUUUGGUGUGGCGAUGUGACGUCACAAGGCUGCGCCGCGCUCCCGCGUCUGUGUUUCAGCUGAAGGAAGGACAAAGUGUCCAAACACACAGAAAAACUCCUGCUGAAGCGACUGAUACACAAUUAUAAAGAUGGCGUUUAUUAAAGAUGAGAAUGAAGACGUGAAGAUUGAAGAAACAUUCAGUCUGAAACAUGAAGAUACUGAGGAACAAACAGACUUGAUGGCGCUGAAAGAGGAGAGUCAAGAACAUAAUGAGAAACAUCAUGAUUUAAAAACUGAAGAAGAAUCGAUUAGUUGCUCACAGGCUGAAAAGACUUCCUCACCAAAAAAAGCUCAAAAAACUGGAGAGAGCUCUUUCACCUGCCAACAGUGUGGAGAAAUUUUCAAUCGAAAAGAAAGCCUUAAAGUCCACAUGAAAGUUCACGUCGAAAAGGAACCAUUAAUAUGCCCUCAAUGUGGAAAGAGUUUUAAACGGAAAUAUAACCUUAAUGCCCACAUGAAAAUUCACACUGGAGAGAGACCUUACACCUGUGAACUGUGUGAGAAGAGCUUUACACAGAAAAGUCAAGUUAAUGUCCACAUGAGAAUUCACACAGGAGAGAAGCCUUUCGCCUGCAAACAGUGUGGAAAGAGUUUCAGACAAAAUGCAGAGCUUAAGACUCACAUGAUAAUUCACACUGGAGAGAAGCCUUACAUAUGUAAUCAGUGUGGAAAGAGCUUCACACAAAAUAGUCAACUUAAAGUUCACAUGAGAAUUCACACAGGAGAGAAGCCUUUCACCUGCGAACUGUGUGAGAAGAGUUUCACACGAAAUAGACAUCUUAAGACUCACAUGAAAAUUCACAUGGAAAAGAAUCCAUUCACAUGCUCUCAGUGUGGAAAGAGUUUCACCCAGAAAAGAACCCUCGAUGCCCACAUGGUAAUUCACACAGGAGAGAAGCCGUUCAGCUGCCCUCGGUGUGGAAAGGGUUUCCGAUUAAAAGAAAACCUUCAGGCUCACAUGAGAAUUCACACUGGAGAGAAGCAAUUUGAAUGUCAACAGUGUGGAAGGAGUUUUACACAGAUAAAACUCCUUAAUGCCCACAUUAGACUCCACACUGGAGAGAAGCCUUUCAUCUGCCCUCAGUGUGGGAAGAGUUUCACGAACAAAACAAACCUAAAUACUCACAUUAGAAUUCACACCGGAGAGAAUCCAUUCUCGUGUGAUCAGUGCGGAGAGAGUUUCAGAUAUAAUGCAAACCUUAUUAGUCACAUGAAGAUUCACUCAGAAAACAGUUUUAAAUGUCAUCAGUGUGAAAAGAGUUUCACAGACGUGAAUCACCUUCAGGAUCAUGUUAAAAUUCACAUCUGAGACAAGCCUUUCUUCUGCCAUCACUGUGGGAAGAGUUUCACGAGAGAAGGAAGCCUCAAGAUUCACAUUAGAGUUCACACUGGAGAGAGACCUUACAAGCGUCUUCAGUGUGAGAAGAGUUUCACAUGUCAACAGAGCAUGAAACGUCAUUUGCGAACUCAUUCUGAGAAGAAAUUGCUAUUUUCCUUAGUGUGAAGAGGUUUAGAAAAAGGAGCGAUUUCUACAAUCAUCUGUGCUUUCAUUCUGGAAGACAAUUCAAUUGUAAUCAAAGUAAUAAAAUAAUAAUAAUUUGCCGUCACGCUGAAAAGUCUUGCAAAUGUGAGACCCACUUUGUGUUUUUUGUUGAAGAGUAUGACAAGAAAAAAUGCUGUGAAAUCAAGGCUAUGUUCACACCGCAGCUGAAUGGAGGCUACAUCUGAUUGUCACCUUCAUGACUACUUCUUUUACUUGCAUCCUUCAUCUCUUCACCAUAAGGCUUUUUUUUUGUGCAUUUGAACUCCUGUGGCCAUACCUGAUCAUCUUCUUUACCGUAGUUUCAAAUAUUAAACAGUUACAGUAUAUUCCCUCAAAUUGAGUUAUGUCACUCAAUUCCAUGUGUUGAUUUCCUUUGAAUCAAAAUAUUAGUCAAACCUUUACGUUGCUGGGAAAAGCAACAAUGUACCUGGAAGAUUACAAAUAAAUUGACACAAACCGAACAAAAUGACUUGUUCCCGUAGAUUGUAGGUGUAUUUUAGCUUACCGUUUAGUCGAUUUCAAUUGAAUGUUGUAAUAUCUGGAUAAAUUUACUGAGUGUGGAACUCUGGAAAUACCAGGCAACUUUAAAUUUAUGAUCAGGAAAAGCAUGGAAAUGUUAUUCUAGUUAUGCGCAGGUCUUUUUAUUUUGUUUAUCAGCAUAGUUUAUUCUUUGUUGUGCUUCCAGUAGCUUACAUGUACAUACUGUUUCCUUUCUAAUUAAUUUGCUGUAAUAAACAAUCCUAAACCGUUUGUCUUCCUUCUACAAAAUGUAUUCAUACGCUAGCUGA